CAGAAGAGCGCUGCGCUCUCUUCUCCUUGUCAUCUUCAGCCAUAGCGCGGCGUCGGAGCUGGAGCAGCAUGGGUCGACGGACGAUUCUGGGUGGAUCCGUCAUUGCUCUCAACCGCACGAAACUAAAAGCAUACCCAACAACUCAAUUUCGACAAUUCAAGGUUCCUUUUUCCACCUCAGUCUUCCCUCCCACUCUCAAACAUCUUUUUCAAAACCCGCCACUCACAUCCACUCACAAUGCAAAUCCCCUCAAAAGCAACAAAGCCCGAACCAUUUCCGCCCUCAUCAACACCAGCCCCUGGUCCGCCCAGCUCCAAGCCCGUCUCUCGCUCCUCACCCCUCUCUCUCAGACCACCUUCUUCCAAACCCUCCGCCGCAUCAAAACCCCAUCCAAAGCCCUCCGUUUCUUCAAUUGGGCCCACCACUCGGGCUUCACUCACAACUCACAUUCCUACUUCAUGAUGCUCGAAAUCCUCGGCCGGGCGCGCCACCUCAACCCGGCCCGAAACUUCCUCCUAUCCAUACCCAAAAAGUCCGGCAACUCCGUCCCUCUCACCGACAAGUUCUUCAACAGCUUGAUUCGGAGCUACGCCGAUGCUGGCCUUCUUCAGGAAUCCGUCAAGGUAUUUGAGGCCAUGAAGUCAAUGGCCAUUUCGCCCUCGAUUGUCACAUUCAAUAGCUUGUUCUUGAUCCUGCUGAAAAGGGGGCGGGUUGGGAAGGUCUUCCAACUGUAUCAUGAAAUGCUUAAGACGUUCGGGGUGAAGCCCGAUUCGUACACCUUUAACGUCUUGAUUCGGGGCUUUUGCAAGAACUCUAUGGUUGAUGAAGCGUUUAGAUUUUUCAGGGAAAUGGAUACAUUUGCGUGUGAGCCGGAUUUGGUGACGUACAACACGAUAGUUGAUGGAUUGUGUAGGGCUGGGAAGGUUGAUAUUGCGCGUAAUGUGAUGAAUGGUAUGCAUAAAAAAUGUGAGAAUUUGAGGCCAAAUGUGGUUAGUUACACAACUUUGAUAAGAGGAUAUUGUGGGAAGGGAGAGAUUGAGGAGGCAUUGGAUGUGUUGAAGGAGAUGGUUGGUAAAGGAAUUAAGCCUAACCACAUCACUUACAACACUAUCAUUAAAGGGCUUUGUGAGGCUCAGAGGUUGGAUAUGGUGAAAGAGGUUUUAGGGGAUGAGGAUGGUGUAAGAUUUGUUCCAGAUUCGUGUACUUUUAACACGAUUUUGAGUGCACAUUGUGAUAGGGGGAGUUUGGACGAGGCAUUCAAUGUUUUUGAGAAGAUGAAGGAGAUGAAGGUCGAGCAGGAUUCAGCUACCUAUAGCAUCCUCAUUCGCGCCUUGUGCAACAAGAGGAGUUUUGACAAGGCGGAGGAGUUACUUGAUGAGGUAUACGAGCAGGAGAUUUUGUUGCGUGAUAAGAGCAGCACACCUCUUACUGCGUCAUACAAUCCGGUGUUUAAGCAUUUGUGUGCAAAUGGAAAGACUAAAAAAGCUGAGAGAGUGUUUAGGCAGCUCAUGAGACGAGGGAAGCCGGAUCCUCUUGCUUUUGAAACCUUAAUCUUGGGUCAGUGUCGAGAGGGGGCAUUUGAGGAUGGGCACAAGCUCCUAAUCUUGAUGCUUAGAAGAGACUUGGUGCCUAGUAUGAAGAUUUACGAGUCACUGAUUGAUGGUUUGUUGAGAGAAGGUGAGGUAACGCUUGCACUAGACACUUUGGAGAGGAUGGUGAGAAGCUCUCAUCUCCCAAGGACGUCUGCGUUCCAUCGUAUUCUUAUGGAGCUCAAUGAAAAGGGACGUGCUAGUGAAUCUGCAGACUUGUUGAUGCUGAUGUUGAACAAUGAGAUUAGACCGAAUAUCAAUCUAUCGACCGAUGCAUUAUAUUUGCUGUUCAAGACUAGGAGGAAGGAGCGGGCAUUUGAGCUUGUGAAGAGUGUGUAUGAAAAGGGGUUUGUUGUGAACAUAGGACAUGUGAUAUCCUUCCUCUGCAAGGAUAAUCAGUUUUUGGAGGCAUCGAAGCUGCUGGGGUUUAGCCUGAAAAAUGACCAGAAUGUAGACGUGGAGGUGUGCGCUGCAGUGGUGACUGGAGUUUGUGAAGCUGGACAGCUAACGGAGGCAUUUAGCCUUUACUAUGAAUUGCUUGAGAAAGGGUUUCAGCUACCUGUGAGCUGCCUUGAAGAGUUGAGAAAUGAGUUUGAAGCUCAAGGGAAGCUGAAGGAAGCUGAAUUUGUUGCAAAGAGAAUUAUUGCAUGCUAGCAACACUCUGAAUCGAAACAACAAUCUUUAUUUUGUAUGUGAUUGUCGUUCAUCUCAGUUUUUUAUUUGGGAUCAACAGAAAGGGACGAACACAAAUCUCUCUCUCUCUCUCUCUCUCUCUAGCUUAAGCUCUUGCAUCACUUACAGUAAGUAACUACUCUCUUACUCCCUCAUGGUUUCCAUUUUUGCAUUAAAGGUUUCAAGCUUGCAACGCGAUGCUCUUUACUGUUCUGAUUAAUGUCAGGAUUUAAAACUUCAUUGCUGGCUUAAGAUGCUGCUGCUCUUUACUAUUUAUAUGUAUUCCUUUAUUUCUGUUUUUUGUUGAUUUUUUGGUAGCUUUUUCAGCAUUUUGCUCUGUUUCGGAAGCUAGAUCUGAUCUUGAAGGAAGAUGCAUGGCUUCUGAUUAUAGCGUCCUUGGAUUUACGCAAUCACAAUCGUGCAAUUCCUGACCUUGCAAUGGUGGUAUAAUAGAUGGAUUAUUGUGAGCACUUAUUUCGUAACGGUUUGUUAGCUCAAUGAUGAAAUUGGGUUUGUGGUGAUCAAAACUUAAAAAAACAAAUUCUGCUUUCUACUGUAUGUAUUGUGCCUUCAGCAAAGUAUAGGUGAAGAUGGAAGCAGUGAAAGAUGCCAACAUUCCAGUGGAUUACAUUGAGUUCCAUAUUUUUCCUAGAAAAUAGACUCACUGAAAUAGUUGUGUUUCCAAGAUCUUGCUCGUCUUCCUUUGAUGAUAACUAGCUUGUCGUGCCAGGGGGAAGCUCGUAUCUUGGAUGCGCCAAGCCAAGAAUCAGUCACGACUAUUAUCUCAAUGUUAUUGAUUGGGGGAAGACAAACCUGCUAGCUGCUGCUCUCUUGACAGAAAAUUAUACUUGUGGAAUGCAAAUACUUAUAAAGUUGAAUUAGUAUCAGAAGCGAGCGAGCCGACUAUCUUGGUAGUGUAAACUGGUCUGAAAAUGGAGAAGUUGUAGCAGCGGGGUAUAGUUGCUCUAAAAUUCAUCUCUAUGAUGCUGAGUCGCUCCAUCUAGUGAGGUUGUUAGAGGGGCAGCGUGGACGUGUGGGAUAGCGUGGAAUGGUCACACACUAACUUGUGGAAGCUCUAGUGGAGCUAUCAUCAACCAUGAUGUGAGAGUGAGGAACAGUCAAGUGUGCCAUGUGAAAGUGCACAAGGGUGAAGUCUCUGGUUUGAAAUGGUCGGCCGCAGGGAGCAUGCUAGCCAGUGGUGCAAAUGAUACUCGAGUCUACUUGUGGAACGCAUGCAAGAUGAGCCCAAACCAUCACGUUUACAGAUUCAAUCAUCAUUGUGCUAACGGAGGCAUUUAUUUAGCCUAUACUAUGAAUUGCUUGAGAAAGGGAUUCAGCUGCCUUGAAGAGUUGAGAAAUGAGUUUGAAGUUCAAGGGAAACUCAAGGAAGCUGAAUUUGUUGCAAACAGUAUUAUUGCAACAAUCCUUAUUUUGUUGUGAUUGUCGUUCAUCUCAGUUUUUUAUUUUAUUUGGGAUCACUGAGAAAAUCCAUAAAGAUAGUGAUGCCAGAAAUUUAUAUUUAACAAAUUAUAGUUUUGUUGGACA